UUGAAAUUCAGUUUUUGACUCGACGUCGCCGAAAACGGACGUGAGCGUCUCGCGUGUUGCCCCAAAAAUCGAACUGAAAAUCGUUAACGGAAUACGAGACUUAUUUCAAGUUAUGUGAAACACAAAACAAAAAUACACAAAGCGAAAAUAUUUACCACAAAUCCCAAGCAAUCGAUUCACGCGCCGUGCAAAGAAAAUAAAUGUUUUGAAAUAUAAUAUCACAAAUAUUCUGUGUUCAGUGAUACACCAAAAAGUUAUCAAAAAGCAAAGCGAAAUUUAAUAAGCAAUACAUUGUUGAAAUAAUUGGCUUGAAUCUGAUUUGAUAAGUUAGCAAAAGACAACCAGAAACAGUUACACGAAUCACUUGACAAACAUCCGUUGGAGUAUAAAAGCAGAACAGCGGCUACAAGGCCGCCAAUGAAGGCUGUCCAGAUGACAGCGAUCGGGCAGCGAAUUUGACACGCACCCAAAAACUUUAAAGCGAUACUAAACCGAACCGGGAAACCCCAUAGAUAAUCCCCCGCAACCCCGAAGAUCGAGGAGGUAUACGCGUCUACCACACCCCGCCCAUCCGAAGUCACACAAAUUCAAUGUGGAAAAUGCUGGAUAUGAUGGAUCUGUCCGAAGCCGAGCUCUUCAUGUUCGACUGCGACGACUGUUCGGGCACACCCCUGGCCCCACCGCCCCAAUUCCUCGUCCCACCGCCACCAAGGCCGCCGGCUCUGGCCGAAUUCACGGUGGUGCCGCAGGAUUGCAACGAGGAGCAGUUGGCUCAGCAACAAUGGGAGAGCGAUAUCUGCCAGGCAAUGCCGAUCUUGGAUGCCAGCCUGUACAGCAGUCAGUCGUUGGCCACAUCGGCCAUGAUAGCCGUGUUCUCGCUGCUCUUGGUCUUGAUUGUUCUCAUCUCGUCGCUGUUCGUUUGGAAAAACAAGCGGAAGGUGCAGAAUCUGCUGCCCUGCAAGACACCCACCCGCGGCCCCCUCAACGGAGCCAUGCCCCUGGGCGGCGGCACUCUGGGAUCGGCGCACCACCAUCACCAUCACGGGAUGUACGAGGAUCCCGAUGCGCACUUGGGUCACCACAGACCCCUGGUGAUGCAUCGGCAUCAUCAUCACCAGCAGCUGGCGCACCACCAUCACUAUCAGCAGCAUCACUCAGAGCUGCUGCAAGGCAAAAGCAUUCACUAUCCCAGCGGCUAUCCCAUGACGCGUUCGCCACCGUUUUUGGUCAGCUCCUCACCUGGACCCGAUCCCUAUCGCUCGAACGACAAUGUGUACGAGGAACUGGGACCGGGACGCGUCGACUCCGAUGGCGAAUCGGAGCCGCCACUUCAUUCCGAUGACGAUUUCGCCGAGGAUGAACUUUCGCUGCCGGGCGAGUGCAGUUUCCAAAAGGAAAACAAUCUGCCGGCGGCCGCAGGUGCCACGCCCUAUCACGAAAGGGCGGCGGGCAGUAGCAGCAGCGGCACCGGAGCAACCGGAGGAGCGGGAGCAUCUGCAGCGGCCACAACACCCUCCAGCCUGCAACACGUCACCCAGGAACGACACAGUGUCCUGAGCAGUGGUUCCUCAACGGGUCAGGAUGCCUCCACGGCCACAGCCUCUUCGGCCAGCAAUAACAACCAUGAGAUGGCAUCGGGUUCUAGGCGUACCCACCGCACGCGACAGCCCCGAAAUACUCAGGAUCAGGAUCUCAACAACAGCACCUCCACGGCGGACAUUGCUGACUUGGCACCUCUGUACGACAACCGCAGCAAUCUCAUGUCCCUGGGAUACAUGGCUCGCUCUACGGCCCCGCAAUUCUACAACACCCUGGAGCACGAGGUGGAACGCCGAAAUCGCAUCAAUGCGCAGCUCAGUAAGACGCCAGUGCCACCGCUAGCCACGAUUUACAGAGAGCGUAUUCGCUAUCCCAAUGCCAGCCAGCAGUACCCCUCGAGUGCGGCCAGUGGUCUGAUGGCAGCCACGAUGCGGGCGAGAACUCAGCCCAGGGUGUUGGAUCGUCGACUGGCACCGCACCAGCAUCAGCACCACCGCAUCCAUGCCGCACCGAUGGCCCAGGAGCCAUCGUACUGCUAUGCGGAGCCCAUGUACAAUGCCAACUAUUACUACGAAAGUGCUGGUGGGGCAAGACCAUAUGCCUCCACUCUACUGCCCCCUGCUGCGGACUACAGACAUCCGUACGGCGACUCCAGCUUUGGCUCCGAUUCGGGCUACAGUCACCACACACCUGCCAGCUCGAUUGGGCGUCAGGACUACGACCUCGCAGAGCCGCAAGUGGUGGCCCAGCCCAAGCCCAGCAAGCUGAGUUCCGCACUGAACUUCAGUUGGAACCGAAACUCAAGGGGCAAGGGCAGUACGCCUGGUGGGGCUAUAUCGAAGAACUCGGGAAACAGCAGCAACAGCAGUGCCGAGGCCACUAGUCCCAACAACAACAGCAGCGCCUGCUCCACCGUCACAUCUCAAUUGGAAAACAACAAUGCUGCCAGCCUGUCACCAGCGUAGAUAAACCAAUCGAAUAGAUCCUAAACAAAAUCCUUGUAAAUAGGGGCUUAGGCAAAAACAAAAGCCCUUGUACAGUUAGUCAUAUCUCGUAGGCUAAGUAUACUAAAUAUCAAAACUGUCCUGCGUGUACAUCGUCAAAGCAAUAGUUUAACAUAUAUACUAGACUCGAAGCAUAGAGCCCAAAGUUUCUUGAGAGGUUUAUCAAAGAGGGUUGCCAUACCACCAGGUUUUUGCUCUGUUUCAAAAGCAAAACUUGUCGCAAAGCAAAGAACUUAUAGGUCCUAAGUGUUUUUCCAAUGUGAUUGCCAAAUUCUACAAAAUAAUACUAAACUAAACUAAAAACUGCGAAACUAAUUUAUAAUGUAGCUCUAUUUAAAGUUUGUCCAUAAUGUACGCUUAAGUUUAUCUUUAGUUAUGUUUGUUAUUUUAGUUUUUAAGUGAAGUAUAAGGAGAAGAAAUCUGAUAAAGAAAAAUGCGUUGAACAGGAGGUCAACAAAAAUAUACCAAAAUAUUAUAAAAAAUGGAAAUGGAUGAAUUGAAUUUUUAUUAUUUUGAAACUUUCGAACUUUUAGUUCUUUGUACUUUUGGUCGAUUUAAAGAAAGUAUUGGUUACGGAGGGAGACGUUUUUUUUCGAACAGAAUCAUUUUCGUUUUUAACUAUGUGUAGCAUACUUUUCGGAGCCAUGUUUAAAUUGACAACAGAAUUUGUAAUUCUGCUGUAAAUACUUUUCGGAGCAUCUGUAAAUGUUACUUAACAUUUUCAAAUGCCUAUGUUACUUAACAGGCAAAAUUAAUGAAUUUAACAUGUCCAUUUUUAUUGAACUGUUAUUUUAAUAAUGAUUUCAUUGGAAUUUCUUAAGCAUAAAUUGCUGUAGGUAUUGCAUUUAAUCGCAGCCUUUGAAGGAACGUCUACCAAAGGCUCUAAAAAGACUGUUUACUUAUAAAAGAACAACAUAUUUUACUUAUUACCGAAACAAUAAUAAACUGUAUAAACUAAAUCCUAGUUGGUAAAGCUUUGUAAUCUAUAUCUUGAUGAAAAAUCCAACCAAGAAGCGAAAACGAAAAUCAGAUAAAACACCCAUUAGGUAUAUCGAGUGAACCAUUUUAGCGGGCGCCCUUGUUAAUGAACCCCCGCGAUAUAGAGAACACUUCCUAGGUUGUAUCAGUACUGUAAAUAGCAAACGGGGAUUAUUGCCUCCCCUUGCCUCGUAACCGGUAAAAAUAUCCACUAAUAGUCCCCAACCUUCCCAUUUCCCCCAGCGAUAUGUGUGUGGAAGCGAAAUGUUAAAUUUUCUUAUAUGAGCACAAUGCAAUGUAUCCUAUAAACCGUAGUCUAUACAUACAUACGUACAUAUUCGUACAUACAGUACAUAUAGCUUAGAAUGGAAGAAGCCCAGAUGAUAUGCUUAUAUUGAUAAGAGCCGAUCCUUAGACCUCCCCUCCCAAGUAGUAUCCACUUAAAAGGAUUACAACUUAGUCUAGAUUAACUUCUUCAGCCAUCAGCCAUAUGAUAUGCAAUUAAUGCUUUAGAUCAAGUUCAAGACGUUGUGAUUUUUGGAAAACAGCCAUUCAAAAUUGAGGUUUUUAUAAACCAAAAUGCGUAUAUACAUAGAUAUGGUAUGAAACAGACCCCAGAUAAAUAAAAUGCAGUAGCACAAUCAAAUGGAGCGAGUGACAACAAAAUAGAACAGCAGCUUAAAAGGACUAAUCCUAAAAAUGAACUAGAUAUAUGGUUAUCAACUUAUUUUUUCGAAAACUAACUGACAAAACAAAAAAACUAAUAGCUCGUUCUUCUUCAAUAUUUCUUGCUUUUCAUAUUGGUUUCCAUUGCUAACAAACUUCUUUUCUUUAAUGUUUUAAUUUGAAUCUUACAUAUCAACGAUCGUAUUUAUGUAAUAUAGCACACCUGGUUUCUAAUACUAUCAAUAUCAGUACAAACACUUUAUUAAAAUAAACAAACUUUUAUCCUAAACUUAAAACUUCCAAGCAAACCAAACUCGAUAAGAACUUUUUCUCCAUCGCAAGUUGUAUAUACGGACUUCAAUAAGAAAAAUAUGCUGUAGCUCUUCCAAAAAAGUAAACAAUAAAUGUAUAAUGUUAAAGAACUCUUUGUUAGGCAUCAAAUUUAAUUGAAUUGAAUUAUAUGUAAAUAAUUGUUUUCCUGUUAGUUUACUAAACUUGGACAGCAUAUCAAGCCAAUGACUCGUAUUUAAAGAUUUUCGUCUACCAACCAAAUCCUUUUCUACAACUGCCUAGAUUUUAUAUGGAGUAUGAGGAAGAUCUUUUCAUUUAAAUGCAAAGACAAAAAAAAAAAAGGAGCGAUUUAAUCGAAUUUAUAAUGUUUAAUGGCAGUUAAUCGAAGUAACAGAAGUCCCAGGGGGAAAACCCAAAGCAUCAAUAUAAAUAUCAAUUAAAUUAACAAAAUGAUUAGCAAUUAAUUAUGCCCGAACAACUAGCUAGUUUAUACAUUUUUUGUAAAACCAAUUUAACAAUUAGUUUCACCUUUUUCUAUAAGCAGAUAUGAUAAUAAUUAAAAGA